GCUAACAAGAUAAUGAGUAACACAGCACCAACCCCGUGUGUUUUAUACAAGGACAGAGUGUUCGCUGGUAAUCUAACUACUUUCAUUGAUGAGGAGGACAUCCUCACUUUCUUGUGGGAACACGGAUUUGCACCAAAGGAUGCUAAGAUAAUCAGAGAUAGAAGGGGAGUGUCCAAAGGUUACGGAUUCGUAGACAUGAGGAGCGACAAAGAGGGCGAGAACCAAACACAGGAGCUUUUGAAGCGGAGGGCAAUGUUCUAUGGAGACCAAACUAUUAUCUUUAAGCCUGCUUACAGAAAAUCUCCUUCCUCCCAGCAGUCCCAAGAACUGGUAUUUACAAAAGUGAUAUCCUCCUCGGAACUGUUUGACCCUGAAGCGGAGACUGAUGGUUCAGAAGGAACCCCUCCACCCACUCCACCUAACACGUGUCCUUGUUGUGCUUGGCCCUGCGACUCUUUUGCUGGAUUAUCUCUCGCUUCAACACCGAGUCAGUACCAACAGAACCAGGCACCUUCCUUUCAGUUCCCUCCUUACUACUUCCCUCUUGUUACCUACCAGCCCUCUUCAACACCUCCUUAUUGGAACGCCCCUAACUAAACAGUAACUUUAACCUCCCUUCAGACUGGUUAUUUUAAUGAUAGCCAACAUUGUAGAUUUAUUUUAACCUUCAUUUUGCCACGAACCACCGCAUCGGUGAAAUAAAUUCUGUAAUUUAUCAUUUCACUAGAAUUUGAUGUAGGACAACUUCUAAGUUUCAAUAGGACUAUCUGCUGGUUAAUAGCCGCCUUAGGAUUAUUCUUUGCUAAUGUAACACUAAUACAAUGAUUUGUGUCUCACUUGCCUUUUUGUUCAUUUCUAGUAUUAGAAUUAUGAUUUCUUUAUUUUCAUGGUGUAUUUCGACUAAUUCUAAAAUUUACGUUUAUUUUAUGGUGGGUUUAAUUUUAUAACACUUAACAUUUAUUUGAUAAUUUUCUGGACGAGAACUUUUAAAUCGAACAUUAUAGGUGUCAUUACUAAAUUUGACGACGGUUUUAUGAAACUUAUUUAAUUCUUCACAUUUUUCUAAGUUAAAACCUUCAGGGGACUGCUUAAUAACUAUUUUAUUUGAUUGUAUGUCGAAUAGUUUAAAGUAUCAGAAGAUUCAUGGUUACUAUUACAUAUUACUAUUCUUAUAAUAUAGAUACAUUUAUUGAGUAAUUUAACAGUAUUUUUAUAUAGAUGAUUUAGCGGAAGGGUUAACCGUGAUUCGUCAUAAUUUAUAUUUUUUGCUGUUGUAUGCUAAGGCAUAUCUUAUUUAUUUUAUUUAAUAUUCUCGAGUUUGAAUUUUAGGAACAUUUGCUAAAUCCUACUGAAAGUCACCCUUUUUAUUAUUCAUUAUUAAUUUAAGUUUAACUCUCAUGGAUAAGAAUGUUCAUGCUUGAACCUUUUUAAUCUCAAUUGUAUUUAGAAUAUUUAAUAAAUUUCC